AUAUAUAUAUUCUUUCACAAGAUAUAAAGUAUUAGUUACAACAAAACAAAAUGACCAAGCCAAAAGUAUUAUUAGUUCUUUACGAAGGUGGUGAACAUGCCAAGCAACAACCCAAACUUCUUGGUACCAUUGAAAAUGAACUUGGACUCCGUAAGUUUAUCGAGGAUCAUGGUUAUGAACUUGUCCUGACCACCGAUAAGGAUCCGGAACCAGUUUCCACCGUGGACAAUGAAUUGCCUGAUGCUGAGAUUGUCAUUUCCACACCAUUCUACCCAGUUUAUUUGACUCGUUCUAGAAUUGAAAAGGCUCCUAAUUUGAAGAUUGCCAUUACUGCUGGUGUUGGAUCUGACCAUGUUGAUUUGAAUGCUGCAAAUGAUCACAAGGUUUCAGUAUUGGAAGUCACUGGAUCCAAUGUUGUCUCUGUCGCUGAACAUGUCAUUAUGACUAUCUUGUGUCUUAUUCGUAACUUUGUUCCUGCCCAUGAACGAGCCAUUAAUGGUGAAUGGGAUAUUGCUGGUUGUGCUAAGGAUGAAUACGAUUUGGAAGACAAAGUUGUUGCUACCGUUGGUGCUGGUAGAAUUGGUUACAGAGUCUUGGAAAGAAUGAUUGCAUUCAACCCAAAGAAGUUGCUUUAUUAUGACUACCAAGAAUUGCCAGAAGCUGCAAUUAAGAAGCUUAAUGAUGCAUCUAAACUCUUCAAUGGUGUUGACACAAUAAUUGAACGUGUUGAAAGCUUGGAAGAUAUGGUUGCCCAAUCUGACGUGGUGACUAUUAAUUGUCCACUUCAUGAAAAAUCUCGUGGAUUAUUCAACAAGGAUUUGAUUUCCAAGAUGAAGAAGGGUUCUUAUUUGGUUAACACUGCUAGAGGUGCAAUUUGUGUUGAAGAAGAUGUCGCUGAAGCAGUCAAUUCUGGUCAUUUAGCUGGAUAUGGUGGUGACGUCUGGUACCCACAACCAGCUCCAGCUAAACAUCCAUGGAGAUCAAUGCACAAUGCCAAUGGUGGUGGUAAUGCCAUGACUCCUCAUGUCUCCGGUACAAGUUUGGAUGCUCAAGCAAGAUAUGCUGCUGGUGUGAAACAUAUCUUGACUGAAUAUUUCAACAAGACUCAUAACUAUCGCCCACAAGAUGUCAUUUGUAUUGAUGGUGAUUAUGCUACUAAGGCGUAUGGUCAAAGAGAUAAGAAGUAAAAGAAACCAAAAAUAAAAAAGAAUUUAUAUCGUAAUUAGUAUCUUUUCAAUAAAUAUAUGAUUGUUAUGAUAAU